AUGGCAGGGCGGGAUGGGAGCUCUGCAGAGCGUGACUCGAGAUCGGAUGGGGGUUGGGAUGAGUAUGGGGAUGAGUAUGGUGAGGAGGAGGGGAGAGAGGGGAGGGACGGGAGGGACGAGAGGGGAGGGAGGGAAGGGAGGGAGGGGAUAGAGGGACAGAUAGGGAAGGAUGAGAGGGAGGAGGAAGAGCAGGAGGAGCAGGAGGAGGAGGAGGAUGUUUUUCCAGUAGCCACACCCCCUGCUCUUGCAAGAAAUUCGACUAAGGAAAAACAGAGGCCGGUCCAACGAUUGCAGAAGCAGGAGGAGGAGGUGGAGGAGGAGGAGGUGGAGGAGGAGGAGGUGGAGGAGGGGUUUAAGGAGCAAGGAAGAGAUGAGUCAGGCGAGAGGGCGUGGGAGGUGGAGGAGGGGGAGGAGGAAAGGCGAUCUUGGGUGGGUGGGCAGGAGGGGGGAGGGAUGAAUGGAGCUGGAGGGGUGAGUGGUGCUUUCAGGGAGUUAGGUGGUGGGAUGGCGCAGGAUGGGGAGGAGGAGGUGAAGGGGAAGGGCAAGAAGGGGAAAGUCAAGGGUGAGAAGGUUAAGAAGGUCAAGAAGAAAGUAAAGGAGGAGAAGGAGAAGGAGGGGAAGGAAGGGAAGGAAGGGAAGGAGGGCAAGGGGAAGAAAGUAGUAAAGGUGAAAAAGCAGGUGAAGGAGAAGGAGGGGAAGGAGAAGGAAGGGAAAGAGAAGGAAGGGAAGGAAAAGGAGGGGAAGGUUGAGAAGGUGAAGAAGAUUAAGAAGAAGCUGCAACUGCAGCAGCCUUUGCAGCAGGAACAGGACGACGGGGAAAUUUUCGACCGUCAGAGGGAGCAGUACAAGCGAUCUCAGUCGUUAGAUCACGGCAAGCAUGCCGCCCAGCUGGCAUCAGCUUCGGAACAUACCCUGCCACACAAUCUGAGCUUCGUGUCGCCGCCACAUCAUCAUGCGAAUCAAAUCUCCACCCCGCACCGUGUGUCGCCGCCCAGUAACAUCUGCAUGCCGCCCCACCAUGUGUCGCCGCCCAGUAACAUCUGCAUGCCGCCCCACCAUGUGUCGCCGCCCAGUAACAUCUGCAUGCCGCCCCACCAUGUGUCGCCACCGGCCGAUCGCGUCUUCCCGCCGCCCAAUCACGUCUCCCCGCCCCAUUAUGCCGCCAUGCAACAACAUGCAUCGCCGGCCAAUCACAUGCCUCCAGCAUACUACUCGGCCCCAUCGCCACGUCAUCACGGCAUGGGGCAAGGCAUGGGGCAAGGCAUGGGGCAAGGGAUGGGGCAAGGGAUGGGGCAAAGCACAGGUUAUGGCAUGGAGCAUGGGGUUGAAAUGAUGACAGCAACAGGCAAUCAUGGCAGGAUGGGGAGCGAUAUGAGCCAAGGCAUGGGGCAAGGCAUGGGCUAUGGCAUGGAGCAUGGGGUUGGGAUGGUGGCAGCAACAGCGCAUCCGCAGCAUGGCCGGAUGGGGAGCGAUAUGAGCCAUGGCAUGGGACAUGAGCAGGAAUUCCAUACCCCCUAUGGGGUAGGCAUGAUGGCAGCAGCAGGGCAUCAUGGUAGAAUGGGAAGUGACAUGAGUCACGGCAUGGGGCACGAGCAGCAGGAAUGCCAAACUCCCUAUGGGUUAGGUAUGAUGGCAGCAGCAGGGCAUCAUGGCAUAAUGGGGAGUGACAUGAGUCAUGGCAUGGGGCACGAGCAGCAGGAAUGCCAGGCUUCCUAUGAGCAACCUCAGAAAGCGUUCGGGGCACAACGAGCGGCUUUCGAGGCGCCUCCGAAGCAGGGAUGGGAUUCGAGGCGUGGCGGGGGGGGGCAUGGGGAACAGAGGCAGCAGAUGGGGGUUGGGAUGGGUGAGGAGGAGAUAAACAGCGGUGAUGAUGCACGGGCGGCGGACAGGCGGCGGAACGUGAUAGGCCGGCCGUUGGAGCGGGUGGAGGAGAGAUAUGAGAUGGUGGGGGAGGUGCUGGGGAGGGGGUACUUUGGGGAUGUGGUGGUGUGUCGGGAGCGGCGGACAGGAGAGUAUAUGGCGUGUAAAGUGAUCAAGAAAGCAAACAUCAUGAGCGAGGAUGAUGCAGAGGACGUGAUGAACGAGGUGGCAGCGCUGGACACGGUGCGCGGGCACCCCCAUAUUGUGCAACUCGUGGAGACCAUAGAGGACGAACAGGUGGGUGCUUUGGGUGAGGAUAGAGGAGGGGGAGAUGGGUGCUGCUAUGAGACAGUAGGGGACGUGAUGAAUGAGGUGGCGGUGCUGGACUCAGUGCGAGGCCACCCCCACAUCGUGCAGCUCACAAUAGAAGACGUGAUGAACGAGGUAGCGGCGCUGGACACGGUGCGCGGGCACCCCCAUAUUGUGCAACUCGUGGAGACCAUAGAGGACGAACAGGUGGGUGCUUUGGGUGAGGAUAGAGGAGGGGGAGAUGGGUGCUGCUAUGAGACAGUAGGGGACGUGAUGAAUGAGGUGGCGGUGCUGGACUCAGUGCGAGGCCACCCCCACAUCGUGCAGCUCACAAUAGAAGACGUGAUGAACGAGGUAGCGGCGCUGGACACGGUGCGCGGGUAUCCCCAUAUUGUGCAGCUGGUGGAGACAAUAGAGGACGAGCAGGUGGGUAAGGGGCUAGGUACCUCAUCCUCCACCUCUGUGAGGGCGGCACACUGCAGCAUGCCGUCCGGAGCCAAGCGUUCUGGGGCGCUGUUAGACUUUGCCCCUGUUUGCAUCUCCCCUUCACAUCCCUCCUCCCCCCGUCCUUCCCCUCACUUCAACCCCCAGGCCGCCAUCUACCUCAUCCUCGACCUCUGUGAGGGCGGCACACUGCAGCAUGCCAUCGGCAAUCAAGGCUUCUGGGGCAUUGUUUGCUCCCUCUCAGAUAUUCUCCCCGUUGUCUCCCUCCCCAUCUCUCUCCCCCUCUCCCAGGCCAUCUACCUCAUCCUCGACCUCUGUGAGGGCGGCACACUGCAGCAGGCCGUCCGGAACGAGGGGCCCUUAAACGAGCGGCGGGCGGCGGCGGUUUGUCAGGGAGUGGCGGCAGCGCUGCAGUGGUGCCACGGGUGUGGGGUGAUGCACCGCGAUGUGAAGCCGGAUAAUAUUCUCCUCGUGCGGCGCGGGGAUGAUACCUACGUCAAACUCGCCGACUUUGGAAUAUCCCUCUUCUUCCAGCAAGGCGUCUCCUGCAGGGAGACGGUGGGGUCAGCAGCCUUCAUAGCACCGGAGAUGCUGCAGCACUCCUACUCCCACACAGUGGACGUCUGGGAGACAGUGGGUUCAGCCGCGUUUAUAGCUCCAGAAAUGCUGCAGCGCUCCUACUCCCACACAGUCGACGUCUGGUCCCUCGGCUGUGUGCUCUUCUUCCUCCUCGCGGGGGUCGUGCCCUUCCGAGGCGCCUCCAAGGAGGAGACGUUCGAGCGAAUCAUGGAGUGCCACGUGGACAGGGCCUUGCGGUUACCGCCGUGGCCGAGAGUGUCUCCCGGAGCGAAGGACCUGGUGCGGCGGCUGCUGACAAGGGACCCGCGUGAUAGAAUCACCCUUGAAGAAGUUCUUCGCACUGGCAGUCCUAGCAACCUCCCUCUGUCUGUGACCAUCUGUCCCCUCUCUUCCUUGCCCCACCCGAUCCCUUCCCCACCUCCCUUGCUCUCGUUUGUGCUGCGUCACGUCUCUGCAGGUCACCCAUGGAUCACCGGCAACUAG